CAACCUUUUGGAUCCUCAUUCCUCACCUACCCCACCUCGGACCUCACACCUUAAAUCUACGAUCACUCGCUUCCCAACGCCGCCCCUCGCCACACUCUCUCGCCACGCUGUUGAAAGCCCUUUUGAUUCUAGUUUCGCUCGUUUCCCUUUUAAUUAGGCCUCAAUCAGAUGUCUAAGGUUUUUACUUUGGCUGAGGUUUCUCAGCACAACACCAACAAGGACUGUUGGCUAAUCAUUGGUGGCAAGGUUUACGAUGUGACUAAAUUCUUGGACGACCAUCCUGGUGGUGAUGAAGUUUUGGUGACUGCAACAGGUAAGGAUGCAACCGAUGAUUUCGAGGAUGUUGGCCACAGUGCUACAGCCAGGGCAAUGUUAGAGGAGUAUUAUGUUGGUGACAUUAAUUCAUCGAGCACUCCUGCUAAGACAGCAUCUGCCCCUCCAAAGCAGACUCAAAAGAACGAGGACGCAGGACCAGGAUUCAUCAUUAAGCUCCUCCAGUUCUUGGUUCCCCUCAUUAUCCUGGGUGUGGCUGUUGGAGUUCGCUUCUAUACCAAAUCAGCAGCCUAAAAGUUAGCAGGUUUCUUGUGUCAAAAGCCCUGCUGUCGUCACCUUAUACUAAUUGGUCGUAGUAGAGUUUUUGAUUUUUGUGGUAGUUGAAAAUGCAAUUUGUGUUUUAUUUUUUAACUCUUUAAGAAACUCGACAUUGCUUCUGUAUUCUUCAUCUUGCAUGCUUAAUUUGUUCAAGAAAUUGAUUUUCUUGAUUUGUUGA